UCCUCGGGCCCCUUCUCUCCUCCUUUCCCCUCCCCGCGGGUUCCUGGCCUGCCUAGCCAGAUACUGCGCAGCAAUCACGGUUCUCCAUCACCAGUUUGCCUGGCGUCUCCGAGGCCGCGAGCUCCUGGAGGCUCCCCGUGGCCCAGAGUUAUAGUCGGGACACCUCGGUCGCGGGUGAUUGUCGGGUCUCCACGGGCCCGGGUCGCUGGGGCGGAUCAGGCUCCAGUGCCUUCUCGGGGCUCCCCGCAAGGCCGUAGGCGAGAUGAACAUUCUGGCGCCGGUGCGGAGGGACCGCGUCCUGGCGGAGCUGCCCCAGUGCCUGAGGAAGGAGGCCGCUUUGCACGUGCACAGAGACUUCAACCCCCGCGUCACCUGCGCCUGCCAGGAGCACCGGACAGGCACCGUGGGAUUUAAGAUCUCCAAAGUCAUUGUGGUGGGGGACCUGUCCGUAGGGAAGACUUGUCUCAUUAAUAGGUUCUGCAAAGAUACUUUUGAUAAGAAUUACAAGGCCACCAUUGGAGUGGACUUUGAGAUGGAACGAUUUGAGGUGUUGGGCGUCCCCUUCAGUCUGCAGCUCUGGGAUACUGCUGGACAGGAGAGGUUCAAAUGCAUUGCAUCAACCUAUUACCGAGGGGCUCAAGCCAUCAUCAUCGUCUUCAACCUGAAUGAUGUGGCCUCCCUGGAACACACCAAGCAGUGGCUAGCUGAUGCACUCAAGGAGAACGACCCUUCCAGUGUGCUUCUCUUCCUCGUGGGUUCCAAGAAGGACUUGAGUACUCCUGCUCAGUAUAUGCUGAUGGAGAAAGACGCACUCAAGGUGGCCCAAGAGAUGAAGGCUGAGUACUGGGCGGUCUCAUCUCUCACUGGUGAAAAUGUCCGGGAAUUCUUCUUCCGUGUGGCGGCACUGACCUUUGAGGCCAACGUGCUGGCUGAGCUGGAGAAAUCGGGGGCCCGGCGCAUUGGGGACGUUGUCCGCAUCAACAGUGAUGACAGCAACCUUUACCUAACUGCCAACAAGAAGAAGCCCACGUGCUGCCCGUGAGCGGUAAGGAGACGGUCGAGAGACUGGCCAGCCCUGGGGCACUGUGCCACCUUGAUUGUCCUAGAGCUCGACCCUGGACAUUUGCACUGAUUGUUUUUCCAGACCAAAGAGCUGCCCCUUCGUGGCAGUACCCCUGGAGGGGUAGCAGGGACCAUGCUAGUCACUUCCUGCCCCAGACACCAUGCCAAAGACUAGAUGUCCUCCCUCCCCAGGGGCUCUCCGGGCUGCCCAGCAGUGGGGAGGUAGUCCCUGCUGCUUUUGCUUAGCCUGCUGGACCCCUUGAGUAUGAGGAUGCUUAAUGAUCCAAGCCUUACACUGUGCCUUAUGCAUUAAAAUCUCUGUUAUUAGCA